AUGGCGGGCUCAUCUCUGCCACCUCUAUUUCUCCCUAUUCUCUUGAUUCUCUGCUAUGCAGCACUCCCAACUUAUGCUUUCGGUGCUGGUAACAUUGCUUCCAUCUCCAAGAUCGAAGGAAUGAACUGGCGUCAUGGAGAUAUCGAAGAUACUCUGCUUCAACUAAUGAUGGCGCGUGCUCUGGGUGGGAAGAAGUUUGACUCCAUGACCAUCAAGCGCAUCUAUUUUGGAAACUGGUUAAGGGACUACUCCCAAGCUAUUGAUGUUGGCGCGCUCAAAUAUGUUGAAGCACCAACCAUCCGGCUUCUUCUUUGGAUGCUUUCAUUCAUGACAUUUGGGUACGGAACUGGCGCUUUUGAAGUUACAGAAGAAAGACUAGGCUGCUAUCGUCCUGAGGAACACAUUGAUAAUCCAAAGGACUAUGCCGAUAACUUGGAUGCUCGCGACUAUGACCAUCGUCUCCGCGGUUUAAUCGACGAAGAAGUCGAACUUGCCAUAGAUCCCCAGACUGGCAUGAAAAAUUACAUCGCUAAUGAGCACAUCCGCGAACUCAAUAACGGCGAGAGGAUGUACACCAGUGCUGGACUUGUACGUGAUCUCUUCCGACGCAGUAUCGAGCUCGGUAGAAGAUAUGGAAGAGAUGGAAACAAGGCCGACAAGUAUGAGGCUCUGAGGUUGAUGGGAACUGGCUUACACUGUCUUGAAGAUUUCUCUGCACACUCUAACUAUAUCGAGCUUGCCCUAAUUGAAAUGGGAGAGAGGGGGAUUUUCCCGCACACUGGCUCUUAUACAGAGCUUGAUGUGAAUGGAAGAAGGAUCUUUCCUCUUGUGACUGGCACCUUCGGUGGCGUCGAUUUUCUUCACUCGGUUUUGGGUGAGUUUUCCGACAAAGCGACUCAAUCUGAAAUCGAGCAACUCGAAGGCACUAUCAACAAUGCAGCUUACGAGCAAGGUGGUCAACACUCUAUCAUCAGUGACCUUCUCAAAAAACUCCCAAUUGGUGGUGCAGCAGAUCUCGAUUCCCAGGCUACAGAGCUCGAGGAGAAGUCAAAGUUGCAAGCCGAGGCAACCGAACGUGGCGAGCCUUACGGAAUCAAAAAUGGCGAACAACUGAGAACAGACAUUUAUCCAUUCCUUGAAUGGCAUGACAAGAUCAUGAUGGCAAUCAACAAGGCAUUGGAGUCAAUUCCAGGCCUCACUACGAUUGUCGAGAAGCUUUCCGAGGCAGUCAGCAUCUUUGUAUUUUCAUUGAUUGCACCAUUUCUUAUGCCGAUUCUUCAACAAGUAAAGAUCGAACUUUCUACAGGUUCCGGUGAAGUCAUCGGAAGUAGUAAGAACCUUCAGUUUGUUGUGUUUCACGACCAUUACUCUAGCAACCCUACACACAGUAUGCUAUCGAAGGAUCAUUUCACAAAUUGCUUGAAUGAACCCGCUGGAAAGAUUGCAAGCGAAGUUAUCAAGUACGUCGUCCCAAAGCUCAUGGAUGCCUGGGAUGAUGAAUACAUGGACAUUGAACCCCUACUCAACGACAUUGUCGGUGUAUUCCACCACCCUGCCUUUGCCCAUGGGGGUGAUGGUCGUGAUGGUAUUGAGGGCAGACAACGGAUGCUCGGCGUCGUUCAGCAAUGGUGGGGCGAAAAGAGUGAGGAUGAGAGGCAAUUUUUGAGAUAUUGCCUUUCACGUGAGGGCGUUGAACAAGGCAAGAACCACAAAGAGGGCCAACACGAUUCUGGUCAUGGAUGUGGUGCGCCAAUCCACAGAGUCAAACCCAAAAACUCGGGUGGUGAGUUCGGUGUCGGGGGAGACAUGGGAGCUGCCAUGGGAACAGCUCUCGAGCAGGCAUUUACUGGUAACCAGGGCGGAGGAGGCUCGGGCUUGGGCGGAUUAUUUGGAGGAAUUGCUGGUGCAGCUGUGACAGGAUACCUGGCGCAGCAAAUGGGAGGUGGUAGUGGCGGGGGAGAAAGUCGCUCGAGUGGUUUUGAAGAAGUGAGGGAAAGAGGAUUUGGAGGUGGAUAUGGUGAGCGGGAAUCAGGGUACCAGCGAUCAUACGACCAGAGUGGUGGGGUAGGGACCUAUCAACAGUCCAGUUACGAGCGACCCGUGCCUCGUGAUACCGCUUACCUCCAGCACGAUUCAUAUGGUUCUGGAGAAGGCCGCCAGUACUACGGUGCAUCCGGGGAGAACGAGUCCUAUGGCCAUGGGGGGAACCAUGGACAAAGGGGUUAUGUGGCCCAAGAGAGUUAUACACAAGAUGGAACAUCUGGCAGCCACCAAGUUUCCUACAGCUCGCAUACGACCCAUCAGACUUCCUCAUACGGCGAACAUCAUUCGCACCACGGCCACCACGGUGGGGAAUACGAUCAUUCUGAAAAGAAACACCGCUCCAGGAGACACGAGGAAGAGGAGGAUGAGGAUGAGGAAGAAGAGGGGGAGGAGGAGGAGGAGGAGGAAGAUGAGGAGGCGAGACGAAAGAGGGAAAAGAAGGAGAGGAAGGAGAGGAAAAGACUUGAGAAGGAAGCGCGCCGCAGGCAUGAACGCGGCGAGUAUAGCGGGGAAGAAGAAGAAGAAGAGGGAAGUGGGGAGGAAUAUUAUGAUAGUGGAUCUGAGCGUGGACAUGAUAGGCGCAGGAGAUACUCUUAA